AUGCCAAAACCCAUCAUCAGUAAUGCCGCUCUGCAAAGAGAUCCGCUGAUCAGUUCUCUAUUCACCCUCAAGGAUCCUACUUUAAUUUAUUGCGAUCUACUGAAAGUCGGACAUGGCUCAAGUGGGCAAGUAUUCUAUGCGUACGAUAAUGUUACAAAUGAAGCCGUGGCUGUCAAAAAGAUGGCGUUUACCGGAAAGGACCAAAAAGACUUCCGCGAUGAUAUCAUUAAAGAGAUUCGGUUUCUGAAAGAAGCACAACAUCCUAAUAUUGUUCAGUUUAUUAAUUGCUAUCUACGGGAAGACAAAUGCUGGUUGGUGCUUGAAUAUUGCCUUGGAUCGGCUGCCGACAUUUUGGAAGCACUCGGGACGGGGUUGCGCGAGAGCGAAAUCGCUGAGAUUUGCGUCAAUAUUCUGGAGGCCCUGAAGUACAUUCAUGCACUUGGCCGGAUUCAUCGUGAUAUCAAGUCUGGCAAUAUUCUAAUGAGCCGAAACGGUGGCGUGAAACUCGGUGAUUUCGGCAGUUUGUCUUCAUCCAGUCCUGCGCAAACAUUUGUCGGAACUGCCUAUUUUAUGGCUCCUGAGCUGAUAACCGCUAUGGAAGACGGCCAUUAUACAACAAAAGUUGAUGUUUGGGCGCUAGGUAUCACAUGCAUUGAGCUGGCUGAGACUCGUCCGCCUCUCUACUCAAUGAAUGCGAUGGCGGCCUUGUACCAAAUUGCCAUGAACCCGCCGCCAACACUGGAGAAAAUCGAUCCGACUUUGCACUCUUCACGAGAACCAUGGAGCGAAGAUUUCGUUGAUUUUUUGAAACAAUGUCUGAUCAAGGAACCAACCAAUCGAACCAGUGCUGCUGCCGCGUUGAAGCAUUCGUUUUUCCACAAAGCUCGUCCCCCGAAUCUGAUUUCGGAUUUGGUGGCACGUGCUAAAGAUUUGGUGGCAUCGGCCGACAAUGCUCAGUUCAAAAAGUUUAUGCACUUCCUAGACGAGAAUACUCGCCAACUGGCGGAUUCUACAGGCACGUUGAGUUUUACGCCAUUGACAUCGCAAUUUAGAAAACCGGUUGAUACGGAUAAUGCACUCGACGCGAUAUCCACCUACUCGCAUUCGCCGACAAAUAGCGUCAUUUCCACAGCUUCUAUCCGGGCGAAUGGUGCGGACGACAAAUCGGGAACCCCACGAUUAACCCCGUCGAAGCCGGAUACGGAUAUGGAAACCCUUCCAAAAGAGCCGAAGCCUGCUAGCAGCGACACCCACUCGUCAUUGGCGGAAUCGGACGAAGCUCCGUAUCAAGUCGCGGAACAGCCUUGGUCUCGCAAUGGCUCAACUAAAGAAGUACCACUAAAGCCCCAAACCAGUACCCUGCGACUUUCCAAAUUUUCGACGCUUAGGACGACAAAGAGCUUGGCUCGGCAGCAAGACAAAUUUGCCAGGUGUAACUAUGUGGCCGACCAGAUGGCGCUCUAUAAGCAUUUGCGGCAAAUGCAAGGCAAAGAACUGAAGCAGUUGGAAGAGAAGUGUCGUAAUGAACUGGACGCGCUGCGCGGUGAACAGUAUCGGGAACUUGAGAAGCUGUCAGCGGAACAAGAAAAGGCUCGUGGCAAAGCCUAUCACAGCAAGGCCAUUGAUGGCGAAAAGUCGAGGAAAGAUGCAGAAGCCAAGGAAAAGAAGCUACGCAAGGAAAUUCAGGGUAAACAAGCCAGUGAGAUGCGCUCUUUCUCCACCAUUCAGGACAAGGAAUACAACUAUAUGAAAGAUCAGGAGAAAAUCCGCCUCAAAAAGCUGCACACCGACAAAAGGGAAUACGAGCGAGUGUACAAAGAAACCAAAGAUCGGCUUCUGCAUUAUCGAUCCGAUAUUGAAUUGGGCUUCAAGAAGAAUCUGGAACAUGAGUUGGAAGAGCAGUUACGUCGGCAUCGUCGUGGCGCGUUAAUCCGUCUGCAUGGAAUGGAAGAGGCGCUCAACAACGUGGUUUUCACCGGAGACGAGAAACGAUUGGCGCAAAAACACAGCUUGUUGAAAGAUCACCAUUAUCAACUGACAAAAUUGGAGGAAAACCAGAUCCAGGCUGUCCACGAUUUGAAGUUUCGGCACUUGAUUAUUCAACAUGAGGCUGAGAAACAAAACCAAGCUGAGUACACGAAUAAAGUGCAAGAAGAGCUUCGCCGCACGCAGGCGCAGCAGACCAAAAAGAGGCCCCGUGAACUCAAGCUAAAGGAGAACGAAAUCCGGAAGCAAUACCGACAAGCUGUGAAGAUCCAGGCUCAACAGUUCAAGCUCUAUUCGCAAGAGGUCCUCCGCACAGCUCUUCCCCAUGAAGCAAAGGAGUUGACGCAGCAGCUGAAGGAGGAUCAGCACCGCAAGCUUGCUCUAUUGACUUCCCAAUACGAUACUCAAGUCGAGAAUAUGAUCUAUCAUAACACUACCUACAUUGACGAUGAGCAGCAGAAAGAGGCCAAGCUCUUGGCGACCAAAUUAGCCGACGAAGAAAAAGAACUGGCCAGCUGUCAGGAGAAGCAAAAAGAACAGUUGACUCUGUUAAUCGAAAAGGCAAGUUGUUGGCGUCUGAAGGAACGGAUCGCUCAUCGUCUGAAGAAAUUGGAACAUCGGCUGGCCGAUGAGACGAAGAGCUUUCACGAAAAAGUCCAAGCGGAACGGGCUCGGUUGGCACAAAAGCAAUCCGAGGAGAAGCAAGACUGUGAUAGGAACGCCGAAGGCAUUUCGACCAGCCUA